CUGUGGUGGUUCUGAUCCGGUCUUACUGGAUCCAGAUAAGUCUUGAACCAUCAUGUGGAUCCUAAUAAAAUCAUUGCGGUUCUGGUUCUUCAUCUCAGAAUCAUCAGUUUUGAUUUUCUUGAAGAUGAUCAGAAACUUCCGGUUCUUCAGGGGAACAUGACGGGUUUGUUGCUCUCUGGCGCCACCCUGUGGCUUCCUUUAGCGUCUCUCCGAGCAAAGCAGAACCAAGUCCGGAUCUUAUUUUUAUUAUUUUACUGCGAAGUUCAUUUAUUACAACCUACUUCACUUAAUGUCUUCACUCUGGUUGUUGUCUGAUAAGAAAUGCCAUCAGUUUUUCUUUUGUUCAAUAAAGUUCGUCCAAAAAAAAACUUCUGAAAAGCACUUCCGUUGCUACUUGUGACGCACCCGGAAGUGCUGGUGCAUCACUCGCUGCGCCUGGCAGCAGAGGCUAACAGCUAACUCCAGGUGAAGCAGACCCAAAGAGGGCUGCGUCUCGUGGAUGGAAGUGUGCCGCUCAGCGAUGGGACCAGAGAGAGUGCUGCCGAGCUCAGAGGACGAGCUGGGGGAGGACGAGCGUCCGGUGGACGGGGCGGUGCUGCCUGGGGGGGAGGACGGAGUGGAGGAAGAGGAGGAGGAGAGCGGCGGGUACUACUACCAGCCUCUGAACCAGGACCCGGACGGACCCGGGGAGCCGGAGGAGGAGGACAGGGGGGACACGUCCCACUCGGAGCAGCUGCAGCAGCUGCAGCACAGGAUAGAGGUGAUGGGUCUGCACCUACCUGAAGCUCCGCCCCCAGACAGCGACGAGGAGGAGGACCCGGAGGGGGCGGCGGCGCAGAGGAGCCGAGCGUCCAUCCCCAUGGAUCCAGCCCAUGUGGAGCUGGUGAAGAGGACGAUGGCGGGCGUGGCGCUGCCCUCGCUCGGCGUGCCGCCCUGGGCGCAGCAGAUCUCCGACGCCCAGUGGAGCGAUCUGGUCCAGAACGCGCUGCAGGAGCGCCAGAGUUCUGCCGGGCUGCGGAUGCUGCGCCGGAACCACGUCCCCUGAACGCACCGCGAUUCCUACAGGACCCUGAACGCACCGCCAGCAGCUGCAGCCUCGGCCGCUCCUGGUUCCGAUCCGACCCAGAUAACUGUUUACUGACUCUUUCUUCUUCUGUGGUUUAGUCUGGACCAGCUUCCUUCCCGUCUCAUUGCUCUCAUGUUUCCUGUUGUGUGUAGAAACAGGAAGUGGUCAUACAUGUGGGCGGGAUCUGCUUUAUUUCUGCUGUACAUGAACAUCUGUACAAAUCACCGUGUGAUGCUCAAUAAACAUCUGGAACAGC